AAAAAGAGUGAAAAACGGACAGCUGCAGGCUGGGCGGCCAUACCAUACAGGACGGCCCCUCAGGAACAAAAAAAUGAUAACAUGCCCUGUUAUUUGUUCCACUGAAAACUCACCGAUCAUUAUAUUACAUCAGAUUAAGCUUAAUCAUAGCAUUCUUCAACUUCAUAUGUCAAGAACAGUUGCAUCUUCAUUUCCACUAUUUAAACCACAUUAACAAAUUCCCACCAGAAUGAGGAGAAACUGUUUGUGCCUGAAGAACAAUUCUUCUGCAAAGAUCUGUGUUUCAAUUAGAGGUUAGGAAAAAAGAUGGCAAGUUGGAGAAAUAUUCUGGUCCUUCCAGCUCUAAUGAAAAUGUAUUCCUCUGUGUUCAUUAUUUUUAUUACAAAUCUGUAAAUUGGCUUAUCAUCCUCUGAAUUAAUUUGGAAUGGCCUUUUAGAAAUAAUUUUGAGGAUAGCAAGUUGGAUAUUAGUGAGAAAGUUGAUACUGGGAGGCAUAGAGGGCCAACUUUUUUUUCAGGCGAGUGAGGAAGAUAGGAAGUUUUAGUAUAUUUACUGUAAUUUCAGUUUAGUUAGUGAUUCAGCUUUAAUUGAGAGGUAUUGGACCUGGAGAAUGUAUAUUAUUAUCAGGGAUAGAAUCUGACAUUUUUGUAACUGUAAUUGCUCUAAAUAUGUUUGCCGGAAUUCUACGGGCCCAUACUAACUGUCCUUAAUUUCUUUCCUACAGCAGUACUGCUAUGACAGUCCUGUCUGCAUUCUUAAGGGUGCAGUGCAACAGAUCGUGUGUAGGUUAUGCUGAAAAACUAAACCAAAAGGAAGUGAAUGAGAGUGGCAGUGUGACACUGCCAGUGUAGCAUGUUUUUAGACAAACCCAAACAGCAUAAUCCCAAAUAAAAGUAUCCUGUUGAAGUAACUUUUUAUGCUUAAAUAGUUGCAUUUACCUUUAUUUUUUUAAUACAGUUAAUAUUUAGCAGGUAAAACUUGUUUUCUCCUAAAAAGUUUGCUAGAACACAUAUUGAGUGAGAUUUUAAAAACUAACACAAGGUGUGAUGUUUUGAAUUUUAAAACCCUUUCCAAAGUGUUACUAAUGGUAAAGAGAUAAUUUUCUAGGCUUCUGUUCUGCUGCUUGAAGUCAGAACUGCUGAUGGACACACGGGCCCGCCAGUGUGGAAAGACACCAGACCCUAAAUUGCAUGUCAGAACUUACAUGGAUGUUAUGCGAGAACAGCAUUUAACAAAGGAAGAGAGGGAAAUAAGACAGCAGCUAGCUGAGAAAGCUAAAGCUGGUGAACUCAAGGUAGUCAAUGGAUCAGCCCAACAACCUGCCAAGCGCAAGCGUCGUUGGGAUCAAACAGCAGAUCAAACUCCAACCACUACACCCAAGAAAGUAUCCAGCUGGGAUCAAGCAGAGACUCCUGGACACACCCCUGGACACACUCCUGGGCACACACCAGGGCAUACUCCUGGUCACACACCUGGCAACACCCCUUCUCAGAGCCGUUGGGAUGAAACCCCCGGUCGAUCAAAGGGCAGUGAGACUCCUGGUGCAACCCCAAGCUCAAGAAUGUGGGAACCAACUCCCAGUCACACACCCGCAGGGGCUGCUACACCUGGACGGGACACACCUGGUCAUGCCACACCAGGUCAUGGAGGCGCAACUUCCAGUGUGCGCAAGAACAGAUGGGAUGAAACUCCAAAAACGGAUAGAGAAACACCUGGACAUGGCAGUGGAUGGGCUGAGACACCACGUACAGAUCGUGGAGGUGACUCCAUUGGUGAAACUCCAACCCCAGGUGCAAGCAAAAGAAAAUCUCGUUGGGAUGAAACACCAGCUAGUCAGAUGGGUGGUAGUACUCCGUUGCUUACACCUAGUGGAAUCACACCAAAAGGCACACCAGCAAUGGCUAUGGCAACGCCAACACCAGGUCACUUGAUGAGCAUGACACCUGAACAACUGCAGGCUUGGCGUUGGGAACGUGAAAUUGAUGAAAGGAAUCGUCCACUUACAGAUGAAGAACUGGAUGCAAUGUUCCCUGAAGGCUAUAAGGUCCUUCCACCUCCAGCUGGUUAUGUCCCAAUUCGAACACCUGCUCGUAAACUGACUGCAACUCCAACACCACUUGGAGGCCUAACUGGUUUCCACAUGCAGUCUGAAGACCGUUCAGCAAAGAACAUGAAUGAUCAGCCCUCUGGUAAUCUUCCAUUCCUGAAGCCAGAUGACAUCCAGUACUUUGAUAAAUUGUUGGUUGAAGUUGAUGAAUCUACCCUGAGUCCAGAAGAGCAAAAAGAAAGAAAGAUAAUGAAGUUGCUUUUGAAGAUAAAGAAUGGCACUCCUCCAAUGAGGAAGGCUGCUUUACGUCAAAUAACUGAUAAAGCCAGGGAAUUUGGAGCUGGUCCCCUGUUCAAUCAGAUUCUUCCACUGCUGAUGUCCCCGACGCUUGAAGACCAAGAGCGCCACUUGCUGGUUAAAGUUAUUGACCGAAUCCUCUACAAGUUAGACGAUUUAGUCCGCCCAUACGUCCACAAGAUUCUUGUGGUUAUUGAGCCAUUGUUGAUUGAUGAAGACUAUUAUGCAAGAGUGGAAGGCAGAGAAAUCAUCUCUAACUUAGCAAAGGCUGCAGGUCUUGCCACCAUGAUUUCUACUAUGCGUCCUGAUAUUGAUAACAUGGAUGAAUAUGUAAGAAACACAACAGCUCGAGCCUUUGCCGUUGUUGCUUCUGCUCUGGGUAUUCCAUCACUGUUGCCCUUCCUUAAAGCUGUGUGUAAAAGCAAAAAAUCAUGGCAAGCUCGGCACACAGGAAUCAAAAUUGUGCAGCAGAUUGCCAUCCUUAUGGGUUGUGCCAUCUUGCCUCAUUUGAGGAGCUUGGUUGAGAUUAUUGAACACGGUCUGGUUGAUGAGCAGCAGAAAGUACGAACCAUCAGUGCUCUGGCUAUUGCUGCCUUGGCUGAAGCUGCAACUCCAUAUGGUAUUGAGUCAUUUGACUCUGUUCUGAAACCAUUGUGGAAAGGUAUUCGACAGCACAGAGGCAAAGGUUUGGCUGCCUUUUUAAAGGCUAUUGGUUACCUGAUUCCCCUUAUGGAUGCUGAGUAUGCUAACUACUAUACACGUGAAGUGAUGUUGAUCCUUAUCCGAGAGUUUCAGUCUCCUGAUGAAGAAAUGAAGAAAAUUGUGCUCAAGGUGGUGAAACAAUGUUGUGGAACGGAUGGUGUGGAAGCCAACUACAUCAAAACUGAAAUCCUUCCUCCAUUCUUCAAGCACUUUUGGCAACAUCGAAUGGCUUUGGACAGGAGAAACUACAGACAGCUGGUAGAUACCACCGUGGAGCUUGCAAAUAAGGUCGGAGCAGCAGAAAUUAUCUCCAGGAUUGUUGAUGACUUAAAAGAUGAAGCUGAGCAAUACAGAAAAAUGGUGAUGGAAACCAUUGAAAAGAUCAUGGGUAACUUGGGAGCUGCAGAUAUUGAUCACAAAUUAGAAGAACAGCUCAUUGAUGGCAUAUUGUAUGCAUUCCAGGAACAGACAACAGAGGAUUCUGUAAUGUUGAAUGGUUUUGGUACAGUGGUAAAUGCAUUGGGUAAGCGUGUAAAGCCCUAUUUACCACAAAUUUGUGGAACGGUAUUGUGGCGCCUGAACAAUAAAUCCGCCAAAGUGCGACAGCAAGCUGCAGAUCUAAUCUCUCGGAUUGCAGUUGUCAUGAAGACCUGUCAAGAGGAAAAACUGAUGGGCCACUUGGGUGUGGUUCUAUAUGAAUACCUGGGUGAAGAGUAUCCGGAAGUUUUGGGUAGUAUUUUGGGAGCGCUAAAAGCCAUUGUAAAUGUUAUAGGUAUGCAUAAAAUGACUCCACCCAUUAAGGACUUGCUUCCACGACUUACUCCAAUUCUGAAGAACAGGCAUGAAAAGGUUCAGGAGAACUGCAUUGACCUGGUUGGGCGAAUUGCAGAUAGGGGCGCAGAGUAUGUGUCAGCUCGUGAAUGGAUGCGAAUCUGCUUUGAAUUGUUAGAACUUUUGAAGGCGCACAAAAAAGCCAUCAGAAGAGCAACAGUAAACACUUUUGGCUACAUUGCAAAGGCUAUUGGUCCACAUGAUGUACUGGCCACGCUGUUGAAUAACUUGAAGGUUCAAGAACGUCAGAACAGGGUCUGUACCACAGUAGCUAUUGCUAUUGUGGCAGAAACAUGUUCCCCAUUCACGGUGCUUCCUGCGUUGAUGAAUGAGUAUAGAGUUCCUGAGCUGAAUGUGCAAAAUGGUGUGCUUAAAUCUCUUUCAUUCUUAUUUGAGUAUAUAGGCGAAAUGGGAAAAGAUUAUAUUUAUGCAGUUACACCAUUGCUUGAAGAUGCUUUAAUGGACAGAGACCUGGUUCAUAGACAGACAGCUAGUGCAGUUGUGCAGCACAUGUCCCUGGGAGUAUAUGGAUUUGGCUGUGAAGAUGCUCUAAAUCACUUGCUAAAUUAUGUAUGGCCAAAUGUGUUUGAGACAUCACCACAUGUUAUCCAGGCAGUAAUGGGGGCAUUGGAGGGUCUAAGGGUUGCAUUAGGACCUUGCAGAAUGCUACAAUAUUGUUUACAGGGCUUGUUCCAUCCAGCCAGAAAAGUACGUGAUGUAUACUGGAAGAUCUACAACUCGAUAUACAUUGGUUCACAGGAUGCCCUAAUUGCACAUUACCCAAGGAUCUUUAAUGAUGACAAAAAUACACAUGUCCGCUAUGAACUGGACUACAUCUUGUAAAGCAAGUUAUUCUUUGCAUUGUCUUUGUUGCCUGCUAUCUUGCUGCAUUGUAAUUGCCCUUGGCUACCCAAUCUUAUGCUGUGCUACAGAUGUGACGUGAUGACGGUCUGAAAUAAAAACAUUGAUCAUCUAAUAAAAAACAUUGAUCAUCUUGUUGGAACGGAUUGUAAAAGUAGUAAGUGAAUAGGGCUAGUAGUACAAUUUUAUUUUUAAUGGGACUUAAAAGCUGUAAAUUUUGUCUCAUUACUUGUUGUUAAAUAGCUAAAUCUUAUCGUGACCAGCAAGAUGAUGAACAUUCAAUUCACAGUUCAUUUGGAUUUGUCUUUAUUGAGAUUUAGAUUUCAUUCCUUGUGUUGACAGGUUGUUUCUUAAAAAAA